UACGUAUAUUUAGCCAGGUCACACGCUAACCACGUGGACUUAACUUGACGAAGCCGGACUCCGAACCCAAAACCAAACGUUGUCCGGUCUCAAUUGGCCCAAAUUUGUCCAUCCCCAAAUUGCGUAAAGCCACGUAAAUGGAAUCAACUGAGAACACAAACCACCGCUCGCCGCCGGACGACGGUUGCUUCCUCGAAGCCUUCGACGAUUUCCCCUUCGACGAUUGCUUCACUUGUACCGACCUAUCCGAUCAAUCCACCUCCAACUCCACAAUCUCCGAACUUCCCCUCGAGGUCUCCUCUCCCGGUACUACCCUUCGCCGUCGGCCGGUCCCUUGUCGCGUAAUCGCCGCCGAUGACGAAUCCAACCGCUCCGAUGAGGAGGAAGCCUCUACAAUCGCCUCCUCCGUUACCCAGCGUGACAACGCGAACGCGGUAUCAUCGGAAGAGAAAGCGAAGGCCUUUUACCCGGAUUUGAUUGAAAUCGGGAGCGAUUCGGAGAUAGUUGAGUCUUCGACGGGUCCAGAUGAAGUGGAAUCGUCUCCAUCUCAAAAUGUUGGGUCUUCCAAUCUGCUCGAAUUGAUAGCGGUAUUGGUGAUUAAAGCACUUGGAUUCCAACUCAAUUUGAUCCUCAAUUUCGUUUCUUUCCCUUUAUGGGCUGUCUAUUGCUCCUAUAUGUUUGUCACCGAUCCAUUUGGCAUUACAAGGCGUGGCAAGGCGUUCUUGUCGCAGCGGGGGUUUCACCUGUGGAACUCAACUGUUGGGUCUUUGAGCUCGUGGGUGAAUCACUGGUUGAAGGAGCACAAGUCGAAAUGGAAGGUCUUGCUGGGAGUUGGGUGGGGGUUGCUUCUGUGUGUUUAUGUUUGUGUCAUCUUGUGUGGGUUGCUGGUCAUGGCAAUUAUGGUUAGCAGCUUGGUCAUGAAGUUUCUGGUGGAGGAGCCAUUGCAAAUGAGGCAGGAGUUGAAUUUCGAUUACACACAAAGCAAACCGGUGGCUUUUGUUCCUAUGGUCUCUUGUCCUGGUCUUGGCUGUGGUGUUGAUUGUAAAGAUGGAGUUGGGGAGAUCAGGAGUUUCAGGCAGAGAGUCAUACCUCCCAAGCAUAAAGUGCAAGCCACAGUUUUGAUGACUCUGCCUGAAUCGGAGUAUAACAGAAAUCUUGGAAUGUUUCAGAAGGUACGGGUGGAGUUUCUCUCAGCUGAUGGCAGUGUCCUGGCGAGCAAAAGCCAUCCGUGUAUGCUGAAGUUCAAAAGCGAGCCAAUCCGAAUUCUUCUAACCAUGUUCAAGGUCGUGCCUCUUGUUGCGGGUUACAUAUCAGAAUCCCAGACCCUGAGGUUGAGGAUACGUGGUUUAACAGGAGGUCAUGUGCCGACUUCCUGCCUCAGGGUAAUGAUUGAACAGCGAGCCGAAUUCAAUCCUGGUGGUGGCAUACCUGAACUCUACUAUGCCUCCCUGAUGCUCGAGUCUCAACUCCCUUUCUUCAGAAGGAUCGUAUGGGGUUGGAAGAGGAUGAUUUUCGUGUGGAUUACUCUCGUAUCCUUUAUGAUGGAGUUGCUCGUUGCUGUAAUAUGUUGCAGACCUGUAAUCCUUCCGAGACCCAGGUCGAGAGAUGUUUCUACUCGUGAAGUACACAGUUCUAGUCCAAACAAUCUCCCCAAGCGAAGUCCAGUCACCUCCUCUGCUCCGCCAUGGCUGAAUAGAGGAAGAGAGAGGCCCGGAGCUCUGCUUCUUCCAGGCGCAGUUUCAACGUUUUGUUCAAGAGGAAGAGAAAGGGAGACUACUGCAAAUCGCAUUGCUACAAUCCAGAUGAUCGAAUGAGUCAGCUGCCAGAGG